CGGCGACGGGCAGCGGGGGCGGGCUGGGCGGCGGGGACGUCGAUAAGAUUUUACGUAUACUGAGUGGGAUCGCAAUCUUGCGCGUCGACUCGUGGCGUGGAAGAAGCAGUGCCGUCGCGAGCGUGUGAGUGCGUCUGCGAGCCUUAACGCUGGUCGACAUCCGGCCCCGUCCUCCUCCUCCCCCUCCCCACCGCCUCGUGCUGCCCGCACCCUCCUCGACGCUGCCUGCGCGGCCAGCGACCGCAUCCGCCACCGCCCCCUGCUCGCUUCUCCUGCCGCACUAUCUUCCUCGCUCCGUCGCACGCGCCCCGCACGUCUAUCGCGUAGCCAGUCGCCCUCCGCCCUUCCCCCGAGCCCGAGGCUUGCCAAAUCCGUCCGGCACCCUCUCCUCCUGCAUGCGAGAACGCGUCCACCGCCUCCAGCUCGACGAUCCCACCACAGUCCACCCUCUCUGCACGGCCACCCCCACAGAUGAACGUUGGACCCGGCGGCGACCUUCUUCGCCCACCUUCCAUGCUGAACAUGAACGGGCAACACUUCAUCCCUCUACAAAACAACCCCAACUCGAACCCGAUGCUCGCUGGCGGCGGCCAGCCGAAUAAUGGAGGCAACAAUCCUAUGAUGUACCAGCUCCAGAUCCAGCAGGCGAACCACAUGCAGCGCCAGCAGGUCCUCAUUCAGCAGGCGCAAAAUGCACAAGGCGGUCUCAGCCGCGGGGGUCCUCCGCAACUCAACGGUCUUGGCGGACACAACCCUCCUCUCCCGGGCAUGGGCUUCCAGAACGGCAUGAUGGGCCCUCAGCAGCAGCAAAUGCGCCGCGUCGCUUCUCAGCCGACACUCAACCAGGCUGGGUCGCAUAUGGGCGGGAUGCCCCAGGGUAUGGCGGGAAUGGGUAUGGGUCUGAACCCGGGACAGAGCAUACCGCAGCAUAUGCGGCCGCCUAUGCCGCAGCAACAUCUCAGCACCAUGCGCGUCCAGCAGCAGCCCCAGCACCCCAUGCAAGGGCACAUCUCGCCCGAUAUGCCGAUGUCGAUGAACAGGCCGCCCCAGAUGCCAGGCAACAACGGGCUCCCGCCCUACGUCAAUCGGGCGACGUCCGCGCAACCGCACAUGAUGAACAACCUGGGGCAGCCCUCUGGUCUGCCGCAGCAACAGCAUCCUGGCGGGAUGCAGGGUCCGAUGCACCAGAACGCGUUCAAUGGUGCGAUGCUCCAACAUCACCAGCCGCCGCAGUUGACGGGCGCGUCCCCGCACAACGGGACCCACUCGCAGAACCACACGCCCGCCAACUUUGCGCCUAACAUGCCCAUGGGCAGCGUCCCGCCCUCACAAACAUCUGCAAAUCGCCCGCAGCCACCGGGGGAGAACCCGAUGCUCAUGGGCUUCCAGAACCAGCCGAUGCAGCCGAAUCUACCGCAGGUGCCUCGAAUACCACCGACGACCAAUCAGUUCCCCUUUGUGUCGUCGUCGACGUCGCCACGUCCGCCGGGCGACAUGUCGCAGAACGUCGGUGGGCAGAUGAACGGGCCGGGUCCGGGUCCGGGGUCGCAUCCUCAGCACCUCACGACGCCCGCCCAGCUCAUUGAUCGCAUGGCCCCGCCCGCAAACGAUAACUUCUCCACACCUUUCAGCCUCCAACAGUCGCAGCCAAAUGCACCGCCUCGGCCGCCAUCGCAGCAACACCCGCCACACCCUGGCUUCUCGCUCCCUCCUCAACAACCGCAAUUACCCCAUCACCAAUCUCCUCGACCCACCGAUCCAAUGAAUCAGCACAUAGCGCAGCGACCACAGUCGCAGCAAGGGCAGCGGCAGCGGCAGUCACCGCCACAGCCAGGACCCUCUCGGACGCCCAGGGCAUCGCAGCAGCAGCCGCUUCCGACCCAGAUGAUGCCCCAGCGAAUACCGAUGCCUCCCGGCUCGAAUCCGCCGGGACCAUCACAGCAGCCGCCACACGCACAACCGCAGACACAAGGAGCACCAGGAGCACCGCCGCCGCCAGCGCAUCCAGUGCAAAUUGCGCCGAGGCAGCAGCAGCCAGGGCCGCCUGGUCAACCAGCAGUCCCGCCAAGCGCGAAUGGUCCUGCACAGAACCAACCAGAUGGGGCGCAACACCCGCCUCAGCCGCCGCAACCUGCGGGUCCACCAACGCAGCAUGCGGCGCCGCGACCAGGGCCGUUCAUGUAUGUGCUCGGAGCAGGGCAGGCGAUCGCGAGGCUGGCGAAUAUGAGUGGUGAAAUGGCGAUGUACAAGCCAUCGCGAGAGCUGCCGUUCUGGGAUAGCUUUGUGAAGAGGUAUUUCACGCCCAAAGCGACCAUGAAAAUCACACUGUGGAAGGACAACCAGCGUCAGGAGGCAAAGCCGUUCGAGAUUGGGACCCCGAUCCUCCCGCGAUUUUUCCAGGUGACGACGCAGUCCGGGGUAAAAAGCAUGUCGCUGUCCCUGGAUGGCGCACGAGAGAGGGCGACGAACAACGUGCACGCGAUCGUAGAGUGUCCGGACGCGCUCUGGACGUUCCGGUAUCUCAACGGGUACACGGUCGUGCUCAAAGGCCCGUUCACCGCGCACGUCGUCGUCGUCGCAGAGCCGCCAUCGCAGCAGCAGUCGUCGCAGGUGCCUGCGCAGCCAAACUACGCUCUGCGGAUAGACAGCAUGGUUUUCGACGCGCUGACGCACGAGAAGCUCAUCAACAUCGACUCGAUAGAGGGGAGGCGGAUAGACUCGUCACCGUCGGCGUCGGUGAGCUUUGGAGAUGUCGAUCCUAGGCUCGAGGAGCCACGGACGAUCAUCGAGCGCGCGUCGUUCCCCGCAGAGCCCAUCAAUGCGUUCGGUAUCCCGCAAGCUACGAUGCGGUGUCUGGAGUUGGCCGAGAGUGUCACGCAAAUGGGGGACCUGAUCCAGUUUUCAGCGAAUCAGCAGCUGGGCCCAAAGGAAGCAUUGACCCGAUACGCCGAGCGACUGCGCCACCAGUAUCAAAUGGGUCAUCUGGGUGAAAUGAAGCCGGAUGGUGGGCCGAAACCUGGCCAACCUGGUCGACCCGGGCCCCCUACUUCAGGCACGAACAUGUUGGACGGGGCCAACGGUGUCGUCGCCCCGACACCCCCGGGUUCGAUGUACCCUGGCACGCCCAGUUUGUCGUCGGCGCAGCCCGGGCAAGCCCCUCCGACACCUCAAAAUCCGCCCCAUGCGGAGCCAGCCAAGCAGGGGAAGGGAGCGCAAUCACAAACGUUAAGCUCGUCGUCAAGCCAGACCAUGGCGUCUACUCCUGCAUCGGCAUCCACGCCAGCGGCGGCACCGACACCCGGCGGACCGACAACGCCGGCAAUGGCGAACGCGUCGUUGAAGCGCAAGGCUGGGCAACGGGCGGAUCCCGGGUCGCCUGCACUCGCGAACAACGCUGCUGACGCGCAACCACCUCCGGCGAAGCGCGGGUCACGGAAACGUCCACGAACAGGGACACAAGGUGGUGGAUAGGAAUAUCGUUAUCGUCUCAUUCAGUCUGUGUUGUGUUUCUAGUUGCUGUCGGUCGUGCAAUCACUGGUCUAUCGAUACUCUACUCAUCAUUAGCAUAGAUAUCCUGUAUUCUAGUAGUCAUCUGAACCGUCUGCUCCUCGAUGGCGUUGUCUUAUCAUUGUCUAUUUAAGCCGGGCUCUACUGUAUACUAAUGCAUAUCAUCGCUCUUGCUCGUCAACUCGAAAGUUUGACUGACGUGUCGUCUGCGCGAGGGACCCCGCUUCUGAAUGGAGAAGGUAUCACUCGCUUUGGGAAACAAGACCCACAGACUCGGACAUUAGUAUGGCUGACAGGUCGUCCGUUUC